AACAUGUCCAAACACACAGGAAAAACUCCUGGUGAAGCAACUGAGAUCCACGUGACACACUGAUAUAAAGAUGACAUUUAUUAAAGAGGAGAGUGAAGACCUGAAGAUUGAAGAAACAUUCAGAGUCAAACAAGAAGAGGAACAAACAGACCAGAUGGUGCUGAAAGUGGAGAGUCAAGAACUGAAUGAAACGGAAGAGAAAGCUCAGUAUGAGAAACGCUAUGAUUUCAUGACUGGAGAGAAAUCCACUCAGAAUGAAAAGACUUCCUCACAAAAAAGAGCUCAGAAAACCAUGUCGAACAGCUCUUUUACUUGCCAUCAAUGUGGUAAGAGUUUCACUCAAAAACAAAGCCUUACCAUCCACAUGAGAAUUCACACUGGAGAAAAGCCUUUCACCUGCCAACAGUGUGGACUGAGUUUUACACAUAAAGAAAACCUUAAUUCCCACAUAAGAGUUCACACUGGAGAGAAGCCUUACAAAUGCCAACACUGUGGACAGAGUUUUGCACAUAAAGGAAACUGUAAUGCCCACAUGAGAAUUCACACUGGAGAGAAACCUUUUACCUGCACACUGUGUGGGAAGAGCUACUCACGAAAAGAAUGUCUUAAGACUCACAUGCGAAUUCACAUCGGAGAGAAGCCAUUUGUAUGUGGUCAGUGUGGAAAGUGUUUCAGAUGUAAAGUAAACCUUAAUCAGCACAUGAGGAUUCACACAAGAGAGAACUGUUUUAUGUGUCAUGAGUGUAGGAGGAGUUUCACAGAUGGGAAUGACCUGAAGAAUCACAUAAUAACUCACAUCAGAGAGACGCCUUUCAUGUGCCAUCACUGUGGAAAGGCUUGCACAAGCAAAUCAAUCCUUGAGAUUCACAUUAGAACUCACACUGGAGAGAGGCCUUUCACAUGUCCUCAGUGUGGAAAAGGUUUCACACAUAAAGGAAACCUUAACAUCCACAUGAGAAUUCACACUGGAGAGAAGCCUUACACGUGUCUAAAGUGUGAAAAGAGUUUCACAUAUCUAAGAGACCUCAAAUGUCAUUUGCAAACUCAUUCUGGAAAGCAACCGUAGUGUUCAUCAGUGUGGCAGGAGGUUUACAAAAUACAGCAGUUUCAGAAAUCACCUGCACUCUGGAGGAAGACCGUUUAAAUUUAAUCAGUGUGAUAAAAAACUAUCGCACGUCAUUAUCACUUACAGAUACACCUGAAAAGUCAUACAGAUGUGAGACCCUUGAAUUUACUCAGAAUUU